UGAUAAGGCAAAUGAUUUGUUGAAUCGUUUCCAUGAGCUUCAGCUUUUAGCAAAGCGAAUAAGUCGAUAUGUGGAUCCCAUAAAACAGUUCCGUGUGUUAAUGUACCUUAAACCCUCUAAUUGGUCUAAAGGGUGGGUGGAAUCAGAGUAUGUAUAUCUCAUUUUAUAUUCUGUUCUUGGAGGGUAACUAAAGGAAAACUGCUAUGGACUUAUCAUAUUUUUACUGCCAAUUGGCACUAGUUGAUGAUGCAAGAUUGCUCCUGGGAAUACACUAACAUGGAUUUGGGAAUUGGGAAAAGAUAAGGUUAGAUGAUAGACUUGGCCUCACAAAGAAGAUCGCUCCUGUUGAACUUCAGCACCAUGAAACCUUUCUGCCACGUGCUCCUAAUUUGAAGGAGCGUGGUAAUGCACUCUUGGAAAUGGAACUUGCAGCUGUUGGUGGUAAGAAUGCUGGUGCCAAAGCCGGUUGUAAGGCUUCAAAACAGAAUCCUCAGAAUAUAUCAAUUUCUCGAGUCAGAGACAAAAAAGGAAAACCUGGUUCUGCUAAGGUCAGUUUUAAAAUGGGUAGGGACAGAUCCAAGAUGCCUCAGAAAGUUGAACCUCUAGUUAAAGAGGAAGGUGAAAUGUCGGACAACGAGGAAGUGUAUGACCAGUUUAAGGAAGUUAAGUGGAUGGAGUGGUGUGAAGAUGUUAUGAUUUGAUGAAAUAAAAACCCUUCGUCGUCUCCAAAGAUUACAGACUACUAGUGUAGAUCUUCCCAUGGAU